UUUGUCACGCUGAGUUGUCAUCUUGCUUGAAUGUAUGCAGAUGUCGCGGUCGCGGGAAACACGAUCGAUACAGUGUUGAGUUUGUUGUGUGAUAGGAAUCAAUUAGGCUUGCGUUAGUUAUCCUAAAAUUAUGUUUGAAUGAAUAACUAGAAUAUUAUAAAAAAUAAAUAUCAUGAUGUUUGUGUAUCGGUUCGUGUAUUUAGCGUUUUUCCUUUCCGCGUCGGCUAAAUUUAUUUGGAAGCACCAUAAUAAUGAAGAAUUACCAUUAGUUUUGGAAGAAGUUCACCAAAAAUGCCCAAAUAUUACUAGAGUUUAUGCUUUAUCAGAACCAUCUGUUCGAAAUGUUCCCCUUUAUGUGAUCGAAUUUUCUGACACACCUGGAUUUCAUCAACCUUAUAAGCCUGAAGUAAAAUAUGUGGGAAAUAUACACGGAAAUGAGGUUCUUGGUCGAGAAUUAUUGCUCGGUUUAGCUGAUUAUUUAUGUGAACAGUAUUUGAAGAAUGAUCCUAACAUUAUGACACUUAUUCAUAAUACUAGAAUACAUCUUUUACCCUCCAUGAAUCCAGAUGGUUGGCAACUGUCCACAAAUUUCGGUGGUCAAGACUAUCUGCUUGGACGUGGUAACAACCAUUCAGUGGAUUUGAACAGGAACUUCCCGGACUUGGAUGCUAUUACAUUUGAGUUUGAGCGACUUGGUAUCAACCACAACAAUCACCUGUUAAAGGAUGUUACCCGACUUGCAGCACCAUUGGAGCCAGAAACUCGCGCGGUGAUACGCUGGAUAAUGUCAAUACCGUUUGUGCUGAGUGCGGCGAUGCACGGCGGAGAUCUGGUCGCCAACUACCCUUACGAUGAAAGCAGGAGUGGUGCCCUUGCCUCCGAGUACUCCGCCAGCCCUGAUGAUGAUACCUUCAAGGAAAUAGCUAUGGCAUACGCGAACGCGCACGCCGAUAUGGCAUCAGUCAACCGACCCGGCUGCCACGUCAAUGGUCCCGACCAAUCUGAAGCCUACAAUUUCGGCAAGCAGGGCGGUGUCACGAAUGGUGCAGACUGGUACAGUCUCAAAGGAGGUAUGCAAGAUUUCAACUAUUUGGCUACAAAUGCAUUUGAAAUCACACUAGAAUUGGGUUGCAAGAAAUAUCCAUUGGAAAAUGAAUUAGAGAACGAAUGGAACAGGAACCGUGAAGCUCUGCUAGCCUAUUUGUGGAAGGCUCACAUCGGUAUAAAGGGAAUCGUAAGCGAUGAUACUGGCUUCUUAGAAAAUGCUAUCAUAUCUGUAGUCAAUCUAACUGGACACACGCCAAAGCCUAUACGACAUGACGUCACUACUGGUGUUUAUGGUGAUUACUACCGCUUGCUGACUCCGGGUCGUUAUGAAGUGACCGCAAAUCACCCCGGUCAUUAUCCAGCACAGCGCAUCGUUACAGUGCCCCAGCGACAGUCCUCAGCACGGAUACUCAACUUUAAACUAGAGCCGAUACGUUACGAAGACGGUGCUCUGUUCUUCGAUCCUCCGUUCAUCCGUUACCAGCACGUGCUCGGCGACCAGCCUCGUAUCUACAAACGGUCACUCUUCGAAAAGGUCACCAAUACUUUACUAGAAGCUAAAGAUACACCCAAACAAUAAACACGGCAAUGGAUUCUAGACCUUAUGGUAAUUGAAAUAAGUAUGAAAUUAUUGUAAACUUAUUAGCGAAAUUUGAGUGACGAAUCAGGAUAUAAUUUGUCGCUGAUAGUUAAGUAAUAAAAUGCAUUCGUAAGUCGUUUGACAUUUUAGUCAAUUUUUUUUUCUUCAUACAAUAAGUUUAUUCGACAAGGUUGAAUUUAUCAAAGUGUAUGCAAACGAUAAAAUAAGUAGUGUUCCUUUAUAUAGUAUAUAAAUAUCGCGCAGAAAUUUGAGUGCCAUAAAAUAUCUCUUUCCAAUUGUUGAAUUUUAUUUUUUUAUUAUAAAUAUUGUUUACAGAAUAUAAAUAAAAUUUGUCUAGUCCA